AAGUGCAUAAAUAAUAAAAAAGCAACACCUUUGAGAAUCAACACCUUUUGAGAAUCAUUUCAGGCAUCAGAAAAAUGUAUUUUUGAGGAAUUUGCAACCUUUGAAGUCCUGUUUCUUGUGGAGAACAUGCAUUUAUCCCUUUAAUUUUUCAUAUAUGGCCUGUGUAUCAUUGGAUCAGGAUAAGGAGAUGAAUGAACAUCAUCUACCGUGCUCCUUGACUGUUUAAUUGCUAUGUUUUGAAAAAUGGAAGGUUACAUGCAGUUGUGCAAAGUUUAUAAUUGUUAGUGAAUGACCGUAGGGGUGAAAAGCUUUACCAGAGACACCUUGUGCGCUAUGCAAAUUUACUUGGAAAGAUCUACAAGGAGUAAAAGUUCUUGUAGCUCAGAUAAUUUUCUUUUGCAGAUGAGUAAUCCCCUUGUUCAUGUGAUCUCAAGCCAGAGCACUUACCUUGGGAAAGUGAAGCAGGGUUCUGUAUCCCACUGACUUUCAGGCCAGUGCUGUUGGGACGUUUUUGUUCAUUUGGUAUGAUCUGCUGUUUGGUAUGGUUCCAGCCCUAGAGCACUCUGUGUUGUAUUUUAAGUUUCAGAAGAGUGUAAAAUCAAGGUAAUUGGUCCUAGGUCCUGUUAUUUUUAAUCGUUUUUUUGCCUCAGCAAAGGUAGAAUCAGGGUUUGUAAACAAAAACAACAAAAAACCAAAAGGCUGACCUGAUUUUUCCCAAUUUAGGAAUUUCUCCAGACCUUUUUUCAUUCGUUUUGUAACAAACUCUUGCACCUUGUUUGCUGGAGAGGGGAAUUACGUGAGUUGAAUGUUGAAUUAAGAUGAUGGUGUGCUUUUUUGCAGACCUGACUCCCAGCCUCCUCCCUGCUUCCUCCCUGCUUUUCUUCCAAGGGCAGAGUUCAGCACUUCCUAGCAUGGCUUUAUGAAUCAAUCUUCUUUGAAUUCUGGGGUGUUUUUUGACCUGUCUGUAGACUUAGUUUCCGACUUGAAAACUGUAUCAUAAGUGUGCCAGAGCACGACUCAAGUAGUGCAGGCUCCUGACGGAAGAAGAGUGGAGUGUUAUCUAUAGCAAGGACAAGUAAUUUGAGUUUUGGUUAGCUUGGAGCUAUGCCAUCCAUCUGUAAAACAUAGGCUCUGCAUAUCUCUGGUGCUGAUGGCUGCCUUCAUGAUUCCUGCCCUAUUUCCUGCAGCUUUUUGAGAUGCUGAUGAAGAAGCACAGGUUUGGGAAACUUCUAAGUUUGCAGUGAUGAGGCAGAGAUCUGUGCUCCUGUGAGCAGAAAACCAUGCACCAAAGCAGGAUCCGUUCAGCAAGGCAAGCUGUAGAGAAAGCAGAAUGGACUAGAUGAGGUGCAGGAUUACAACCAAAGGGUAGAUCUUUGCUUCCCUGUGUCUAUGAGAAGAUAGUUAGGAAGCAUGUAGGUAAAAGGAAUAGAAGCCUCUAGAAAGCAGGACUUGUUCUGGGAGGGCUCUGAUAGCCCAUCUCAGCUGCAGCUCUCGAGGCCAAGGAGUUGACUUAAAAGGCUCAUUAAAGCAGCAGCAAGCUCUAAUGUAUGUGUGUGUCUCAUCGGGCUGUAGCUCUUGCAAAGCACGAGUUAUGCGCCAUGGGAGCCUGCAUUGCAGACCUGCUUUGAGAUAUGAUUUUUUGUGUCUUGCUUCUAAAAGCCUUUAGCUCAAGGACCAAUUUUAUUUUCAUGAAUAAUUUGAUGGUUUAACGUGAGUAGGUUUAAGCUCUUGUGUAAGAACCUGCUGAGCCUGCCUGUGUGGUGUUAAAACUUUCAACUUGAAAUGAGGGUGGCUUGCUUUUUAGUAUUUUAAUCUCCCUUCAAAUGCUUCAUAUUUGUUAGAGAGCAAAUUUUGUUUGGCUUCUCUUCAUGCUGAGACUUUAUCUGAUUUAGAGCUGUUUUCCAGAGUAUUGGUAUACAUGUAACCUUGUAAUGCUUUCCUCUUAGCCUCAGCUUCUCUUCAUCACAUUGUUUUUUAACCGUACUGUUGCCAAAACAGAAGUUGCAUUGCAAGAAUGCAAAAAGAAAAAAGUCAAAUCAGUUAGCAUUUGCCAGUGAUUUUUAAGUACUGCUGUGUGCAGUACUAGGUUGUACUUAAGUUGUAAUGAGAUAUAAGGAUAUUUUUGUGCCUCAGAAAUCAUUAGUUUUUUACAAGGCUUUUGGUGAUAGUUCAUAACCAGAAAGCAAUACAGGUCUUUACUUAGAGUCAGCCCAAGCUGAAUGAAGGAGACAGAUAAAGAAUAGCACAUCAUUCAUCUACGUGUUUGUGAAAGAUCCCCAGAAAAGUGUGGAAGAUGAAAUUGAAUCCAUUCUGCAGGAGCGAAUAAUGGUUUUGGAUGGAGGCAUGGGGACCAUGAUUCAGCAACGUGCCCUGUCAGAAGAGGAUUUCCGAGGGCAUGAGUUUAAAGAUCAUUCCAGGCCUUUAAAAGGCAAUAAUGACCUUCUUAGUAUAACUCAACCUGAUAUAAUCUGUGACAUACACAAGGAAUACUUGCUGUCAGGCGCUGACAUCAUUGAAACUAACACUUUCAGCAGCACCCGAGUUGCACAGGCUGACUAUGGCCUUGAGCAUUUGGCAUAUCGGUUAAACAGAGUCUCUGCACAGGUAGCCAGAAAAGCAGCGGACACUGUAACUGCUCAGACAGGAAUUAGGAGAUAUGUUGCUGGAGCCAUGGGUCCAACAAACAGGACACUCUCUGUGUCACCAUCUGUGGAGAGACCAGAUUACAGGAACAUAACUUUUGAUGAACUGGUCGAAGCCUAUAAGGAACAAGCCAAAGGACUUUUGGAUGGAGGAGUUGAUAUCUUGUUAGUGGAAACCAUAUUUGAUACCGCCAAUGCUAAGGCAGCUCUUUUUGCACUCCAGAUGUUGUUUGAAGAAGAAUAUGCUCCCCGACCCAUAUUUGUUUCUGGAACCAUUGUGGAUAAGAGUGGGCGUACCCUCUCAGGCCAGACAGGAGAGGCAUUUGUCAUUAGUGUUUCCCACAGUAAGCCACUUUGUAUUGGCUUAAAUUGUGCUUUAGGGGCAGUUGAAAUGCGUCCAUUCAUUGAAACAAUUGGAAAAUGUACCCCAGCCUACAUCAUCUGUUACCCCAACGCAGGUCUCCCCAAUACUUUUGGUGGUUAUGAUGAAACUCCAGAAGUGACUGCCAAGCACAUAAAGACUUUUGCGUUGGAUGGUUUGGUCAACAUAGUUGGAGGUUGCUGUGGUACUACACCAGCACAUAUCAGGAAAAUUGCUGAAGCUGUGAAAUUCUGUAAGCCUCGUGUUCCACCUUCUCUCUCUCAAGGAUACAUGCUGCUGUCAGGUCUGGAGCCAUUCAGGAUUGGACCAUACACCAACUUUGUUAAUAUUGGCGAACGCUGCAAUGUUGCAGGAUCACGGAAGUUUGCUAAACUCAUCAUGGCAGGCAACUAUGAAGAAGCCCUAGGUGUAGCCAAACUGCAAGUUGAGAUGGGGGCCCAGAUUCUUGACAUCAAUAUGGAUGAUGGGAUGCUGGAUGGCCCUGCUGCAAUGACCAGAUUUUGUAACUUGAUUUCUUCAGAACCUGAUAUUGCAAAGGUGCCACUGUGCAUUGACUCCUCGAAUUUUUCAGUGAUUGAAGCAGGUUUGAAGUGUUGCCAAGGGAAAUGCAUUGUAAAUAGCAUCAGCCUGAAGGAAGGUGAGGAAGACUUUUUGGAGAAAGCAAGGAAAAUUAAAUUAUAUGGAGCAGCCGUGGUUGUUAUGGCUUUUGAUGAAGUGGGGCAGGCAACAGAAACAGAAACCAAGAUUGCAAUCUGUUCCAGAGCUUAUCAUCUCCUUGUGGAAAAAGUGCACUUCAAUCCAAAUGAUAUAAUAUUUGACCCUAAUAUCUUGACCAUAGGAACUGGAAUGGAAGAACAUAACCUUUAUGCCAUAAAUUUCAUCAAUGCUACUAAAACCAUAAAAGAAACACUGCCAGGAGCCAGGAUAAGUGGAGGUCUUUCCAAUCUGUCUUUCUCCUUUCGUGGAAUGGAUGCCAUUCGAGAAGCAAUGCAUGGAGUGUUCCUUUACCAUGCAAUUAAGUAUGGCAUGGACAUGGGAAUUGUGAAUGCUGGGAGUCUGCCGGUGUAUGAUGAUAUCCACAAGGAAUUACUACAGCUGUGUGAGAAUCUAAUCUGGAACAAAGAUCCUGAUGCAACAGAGAAACUUUUACAUUAUGCUCAGAAUCAUGCCCAAGGAGGAAAGAAAGUUGUACAGACUGAUGAGUGGCGUAAAAGCUCUGUGGAGGAAAGGCUGGAAUAUGCUCUCAUAAAGGGCAUUGAGAAGUAUGUCACUGCAGAUACAGAAGAAGCAAGAUUAAAUCAGGAAAAAUAUCCUAGACCUCUAAACGUAAUUGAAGGACCUUUGAUGAAUGGCAUGAAAAUUGUUGGUGAUCUUUUUGGUGCUGGGAAGAUGUUUUUGCCUCAGGUGAUAAAGUCUGCUCGAGUUAUGAAGAAAGCAGUUGGCCACCUUAUUCCCUAUAUGGAAAAAGAAAGAGAGGAAAGGAGAGCCAAACGAGGCAGCAUAGAGGAAGAGGAUCCUUAUCAGGGUACAAUAGUAUUAGCAACUGUGAAAGGAGACGUACAUGACAUUGGCAAGAACAUUGUGGGAGUUGUUCUGGGCUGCAACAACUUCAGAGUUAUUGAUUUAGGAGUUAUGACUCCAUGUGAUAAGAUAUUGAGAGCUGCUGUUGAGAACAAAGCAGAUAUAAUUGGCCUGUCUGGUCUCAUCACCCCAUCUUUGGAUGAGAUGAUUUUUGUCGCUAAGGAAAUGGAGAGAUUGGCAAUAAAGAUUCCUUUGCUGAUUGGAGGAGCAACUACUUCUAAAACACACACAGCUGUUAAAAUUGCCCCACGAUAUAGCGCACCUGUAAUUCAUGUCCUGGAUGCAUCCAAGAGUGUUGUGGUUUGCUCCCAGCUCUUAGACAGUAGUGUAAAGGAUGAUUUCUUUGAAGAAAUAUUAGAGGAAUAUGAAGAAAUUAGACAAGAACAUUAUGAGUCUCUCAAGGAAAGAAGAUACUUGUCUCUACAGCAAGCUAGAAGAAAAGGUUUCCAUAAUGACUGGUUAUCAGGCCAUAAACCAGUUAAACCAAAAUUCAUCGGCACAAAAGUCUUUGAAGAUUAUGACCUGAAGAGGCUGGUAGAAUACAUUGACUGGAAGCCCUUCUUUGAUGUCUGGCAGCUUAGGGGAAAAUAUCCCAACCGGAGUUUUCCUAAGAUCUUUAGUGAUAAAACCGUGGGUGAAGAAGCAAGGAGAGUUUAUAAUGAUGCGCAAGAUCUACUGAAAACAUUGAUUAAUCAAAAGAAAUUACAAGCCAGAGGUGUGGUUGGGUUCUGGCCAGCUCGAAGUGUUCAGGAUGAUAUCCACUUAUAUGCUGUGGAAGAGGCAGUGGGAUCUUCAGAACCAAUAGCAAAAUUUUAUGGCUUGAGGCAACAGGCUGAAAAGGACUCUGCCUGCACAGAUCCAUAUUACUGCCUCUCUGACUUUAUAGCACCGAUGGACUCUGGCAUUUGUGAUUACUUAGGCCUGUUUGCUGUGGCCUGCUUUGGUGUAGAUGAGUUAUGCAAUGAAUUUAGGAAACAGGAUGAUGAAUACAACAUCAUAAUGGUAAAGGCUCUCGGCGAUCGGUUGGCAGAGGCAUUUGCUGAGGAGCUCCAUGAAAGGGUUCGAAGGGAAUUCUGGGCUUACAGUAGUACUGAGCAGCUCAAUCUCUCUGACCUACGCAGAAUUAAAUAUGAGGGAAUUCGCCCUGCCCCUGGAUAUCCAAGCCAGCCUGACCAUACAGAAAAACUCACCAUGUGGAAACUUGCAAACAUUGAGGAAACAACAGGAAUUGGUUUAACGGAAUCACUAGCAAUGGUACCUGCUUCUGCAGUUUCUGGCCUCUACUUUUCCAGUCCCAAUUCCAAAUAUUUUGCUGUUGGAAAGAUAUGUAAAGAUCAGGUUGAAGAUUAUGCACUGAGAAAAAAAUUGUCUGUUGCAGAAGUGGAGAAAUGGCUUGGACCCGUUUUGGGAUAUGAUACUGAACAACUGUGAUACUUGUGGGUGAACUUUUUUUUGUGAUGGUCCAUUUGCCAGAAGAAACAAGAAAAGACUUCCCACUGAAAACAGCUUUCUUCCAUCCAUCC